AUGUCAAUACUGUGUUGUGUUCCGGUACUUGAAUGUGUAUACUGCUUGGGUUGUGUCCAUUGGGUGUGGAAGAAAUGUCUAUACACAGCAGGUCACGAGAGUGAGAAUUGGGGAUUAGCUACAUCAGAUGAGUUUGAGCCGGUUCCUAGGCUCUGCCGUUUGAUCCUAGCGGUUUAUGAGGAGGAUCUCCAUAACCCUAUGUGGGCACCUCCUGGUGGUUAUGGGAUUGACCCACAUCAUGUUGUCCUGAAGAAAGACUAUGACCAAACUCAAGGUCGAGUGACGCCAUAUAUGAUCUACUUGGAUCAUGACCAUGGCGAUGUAGUGUUGGCUAUAAGGGGGCUUAACUUGGCUAAGGAGAGUGAUUACGCUGUUCUGCUUGAUAACAAACUUGGACAGACUAAGUUUGAUGGAGGUUAUGUACACAACGGGUUGUUAAAGGCAGCUAUGUGGGUUUUUAAGGAGGAGCAUGAGGUUUUAAGGAAAUUACUCGAGGCAAACCCGGAUUAUUCCUUGACGUUUGUUGGGCAUUCGCUAGGUGCUGGAGUUGUUUCUCUGCUGGUCUUGUUCGUGAUUCAGAACCGGGGUAGGUUGGGGAACAUAGAGAGAAAGAGGAUAAGAUGCUUUGCUAUUGCUCCUCCAAGGUGUAUGUCUCUCCAUCUAGCGGUGACAUAUGCAGAUGUCAUAAACUCUGUUGUUCUACAGGAUGAUUUCUUACCUCGGACUACCACAGCUCUGGAAGAUGUCUUCAAGUCAAUUAUCUGCUUGCCAUGCCUGUUAUGCUUCGCAUGUUUGAAAGAUACAUUCACAUUUGAGGAGAAAAAGCUUAAAGAUACCAGGCGUCUAUAUGCUCCUGGUAGGUUAUACCACAUCGUCGAGCGCAAGCCAUUGAGAAUAGGAAGAUAUCCUCCUGUUGUGAGAACAGCUGUUCCGGUUGAUGGGAGAUUUGAGCAGAUAGUUCUCUCCUGUAAUAUAACAGCGGAUCACGCCAUCAUCUGGAUUGAAAGGGAAUCGCAAAGAGCUUUUGAUUUGAUGCUGGAGGAAGACCAAGUUAUGAAGAUUCCGGUAGAGCAGAAAAUUGUGCGGCAGAAAUCGAUUGUUGCGGAUCAUGACGAAGAAUACAGAGCGGCUUUAAUGAAGGCGGCUGCUCUGCACAUUCCAAUGUCUCCAUCACCGUCUUAUGGAACAUUCCAUGAGACAGAAGAAGGAGAAAGCUCUGCAGAAUCAGGCACAGAGAGAUCCUCGUCCCCGUGGUCCUUCAAGGGAAUGAGAAGAAAAUGGGAUCAAUUCGUAGAUUGCCAUUUUCCUGAAAUCGUUGAGAUGAUCUUGAAAGAAUCAGGCCAGAAGAAUGUGAAUUUUCACCCCUUUUACCAUGAUCUUCCUUUACAAGCAGCCACCUCUGAUACUUCCCCGGAAGUGGAAGCUGUCCUUGCGGUAUCGGCUCAAAUCUUCCCAUUGCAAGCAGAACUGAAGUUCUUGGCUCCCACCGAGGAAAAUAUACCAUAUAUCAUGAAUGUGCUACCUGAGAGUGAGCUAUCAUUUUCUUUUGUUGCAGAAGAAAAGGCUCUGAAAUCAGAGCAUUUAGCGGUUAAGAGGCCGAAGACUAUCAGACUUAAAUGGGACGAGAAAAUGAAUGAGGACUUUGAAUUGGCAGUCCGAGGUUUGCCGCCUAAGUAUAGGACAGCGCAAAAUGUCUGCACGAUAAUGAAAAAGAGUUACUGCAGAAAAGUUGAAGAAUGUGGAAAGCCAAUCAUCCAGCCGACAACAAUCAUGUAG